AUGGACUGUCACAAGACGGUCUUCCUAGCAUGUUUGGCGAUAUUUUGUUCUUCGAUUUGUUUAGUUCAAAGUACUACAAAUGAUCCUUACAUAGUACUGGGUGUGCAGAAACGUGCCAAUUUACAAGAAAUUCGUCGGGCGUAUAAACAAUUGGCCAAGGAGUGGCAUCCUGACAAAUCGAAACAACCUGAAGCGGAAACGAAAUUUGUAGAAAUCAAACAAGCUUACGAAUUAUUGUCUGAUUCAGAGCGUAGACGAGCUUUUGAUCAAUUUGGCAUAACAAACGAAGAUGCUGUAUCAAACCGAGAACGACCUGAUUAUAGUAGUUAUGGACGCUAUUCAGAUCCUUUUGAGCACUUUUAUGGAACUCAUAACUUCAAUUUCCACGACCAAGAUAUAAGUCUAUAUCAUCGGCUUUCCAUCACUUCAAAAUACUAUGACAUAAACAUAGUACCAACCAGUCGCAAAACGCCACAUAUAUUGAUGUUUUACGCCGAUUGGUGUUUUGCAUGCAUGAAGGCCGCAAAUUCUUUUAAAAAGUUGAUUGACACUUUGGAACCCUAUGGUGUAAUUUUUGCUACCGUUAACGCCGGGCAUGAAGAGCAUUUGGUGCGAAAAGUUGGAGUACACUCUCUACCAUGUGUGAUUUUGGUGCUAGAUGGUCAUAGUUAUGUUUACAAAGAUAGUGUUUUUAAUGCACAGCAUGUAGUGGACUUUAUUAGGCAGAAACUGCCGUACAAGUUACUUAUGUCUGUGAGAGAUGAUACACUUGAUUCUUUUUUGGGUGGGUGGUCUGACAAUCGUGUUCGUGCUCUAAUAUUUGAACCGAGACCACAACCACGCUUGCGAUAUCUAAUAAUUGCAUACUACUUUCGUGAACGCGUCGCAUUUGGUUUUGUACAGCUUAAUUCUAAAGAUACCAUGCGUAUUCAGUCAAAUUUCAAAGCUCAUACAACUCUUGAUACCUUGCUCAUCUUUAAUGAGUUUCCACCACAACCUGUAGCCACUGUUACCAUGUCUGAUAUUCCAACAACUACAUUGAAUAACAUCAUUUCACUUAAUAAAUAUCUUAUACUUCCACGGUUAUCAUCCCAAGCAAUGUUGGAUAAUGUAUGUCCUGCUGAAUGGAACCGACCUCGGAAGAAGUUAUGCGUUGUAUUAAUCACAGAAAAUACAAGUUUGCAUGACGGAGCACGUCAAAUGCUACGUAAAAUAUCUCAUGAAUCUUUAUUCAGUAGAGAGCGUGUUCGAUUUGCGUAUAUCUAUCAAGAGAAGCAAAGUGAAUUUAUUGGUGCGCUUUCGAAAUUUAAUGAAUCUCAAGAAACGCUUUUACACCUUGUCAUUUUGUGGCGUCGUGACUCUAAACAUAUUCGAUAUGAAUGGAUACAUGACAUAAUGUUGGAAAUGAAUAAAACGAAAGACAAUGAAACUCAGGAUCAAUACUUCAACAAUACAAAACAUAAAAUUGAUAUAGCUAUUCAUAGGCUGCUACGGUCUUCAGAAGUUCUUAGUUUUGAAACUGAAGUGAAGGAUCUUUUAGAUGAACAUGCCGAGAGCAUGGUAGUGCGCAUCGUAAAUCGCAUUCUAAUGAUUGUGGAGUACAUGAUGGACAACAUUGGAAAGGAGCAUAUUUUACCAGCAAUAUCUGUGAUUGGAACAAUAGCAUUGAUUCUUAUAAUAGGCUAUUUAAUGUCUUAUUUAUUACAUCUAGAAGAGGAAGAUAUUCAAAUGAACAAAGCAAACCAUAUGGCCAAUCAUCCUAACGGAAAGUUUAGCAGUUAUGUGCCGGAAUUAAGGUUGCAUGAAUUACGUGCCGAGAAAUAUAAUGGGCUUGUACGUCUUCUGAAACCCGGUUGUCGUACAAUAGUGUUACUAACUGACAUGCAAUCUCGAUCGAAAUUGAUUCCAGCAUUUCACAAAGCUGUUUGGCCUUAUCGAAAAAACAAAACUCUUAUGUUUGCUCACAUGUUAAUUGAAAAAGGCAUCGGGUGGUACGCUGAAUUGCUUCGACUAUCAUUAUCUGAAUCACGAGAAAUGAAAAUCAAUCCUCGCAACUGUAUCGGUACUAUAAUUGCGUUGAAUGGCCACCGCAAGUAUUUCUGUAUGUACCACGCCAAACACCCAGAAUCAAAUCGCGGAGCCAAGCGCAUGAUCAAAAUGACACGUCACCUUAGUUCCAUGCCGUCUGAUCCUGAAGCAGGUGCAUUUCUUGGAAUGAACAGUUCCGAUUCCGAAACUUCUUUAUCGGAUAUAUCUGAACCAAAAAUUCUCAUUGAAGAAAAUCUACUUGAUGGCUUACCAAAUUGGCUUGAUCGAUUGUUUGAGGGUACAACACAUCGAUAUUACAUCAAUUAUUGGCCAGAUUUUACUUCGAAAUGAGAGCUAACUUUAUUUUAAAUUUAACCGUUAUUGUUUCGUUUUGUUAUCAUUUAUUAUUUAUUAGAAGAAGACCUACAUUACACAUGAACUUAUUAUUUCCAUGUGUAAGUCCUGCAUCAGAGUUGCAUGAUAUACAUGUUUCAUUUUAUUUUUUAACUUUUUAUUGAUUAACUUUAGUGCAUAUUCUUUUCAUCUCUUCUUCUCUUUUAUUUUUGGUUUUAUUACUUAAAUGUCUUUUUUAAUUGUAACAAAAUGGACAGUAAAAAAAAGUAACUGUAAGAAAGAGAUAAAAAUCACGCAUUCAACUGUGCAAGCGAAAUAAAAAUAAGUGAUAAUAGAGAAGAAAACGCUUCUGCUAAAAUUUUUGAAAUUCGUAGAACCUCUCCUUAAAAUUGUAUGCGUCUAGAAUCGAUGACGCAAUAUU